AUGGGAACGGGGCCCCUACACUAUUGCACAGGCCGAAGCGAGGGCCGCCGACUUUGCCCUGCUCGCUUUCAAGGGGCGUCGCCCACUACACGCCACAUUUGCAUCGACAACACGACAGUAAUGCGCAUUAUGGAGAAAGGCAGCGUGCGUUCCGAUGCGCUGGUUUGGGGGGCGGGGCCUAUCGAAAGGGCGCUGCGCGAACAAGGCACAAACACCACAUGGGGCCAUGUUGCAUCGGAAAGUAAUCCUGCGGAUGACAUCUCACGUGGGUUAAAGUUUUACAGACGGACAUUGGAAAGGGGAGCGGCUUGCGAAUGGAAGCGCGGGAGGCGGGUUAAGGGCGUUUUCGGCACCUCUUUUUCGUCAGUUGAUUACAGGCUUUUUGACUUCCUUAUAAUUUGA